ACUCCGCACUUUAAAAGAAUGUCUCGUCUUUUACUUUAAUUUAGUGCCAGUUAUAUUUGCUUACAAUAAACUGGAAUCAUGUUUACCAGAAAUGACAGUGCUGAGAAACGUUCGUUAUUGGAAAAGCAUAACGUUGCAGAUACAAAUCAGAAUGAAGGAGUUGGUUCAGGAACCAAAUCGGAUACGAAUGUUGUGGGAGGGUCUCUUGACGCAGCGACUUUGGGUGCGGCCGCCGCUGGUGGGACGACGAGUGGAGCCGGUACAGGAGGCUCAGCCGUCCCGACUAUGGGACCUCCGAGCGAUCGUGCUCUUGCUGGAAAAUCGGUGCUAGUAGACGAAGCUUCUGAUUUAGUUCUUCAUUCUUCGAGAUUGGGUGCUGCAUUUUAUGGAUCAACAGAGAUAUCGCAUGAUAGACCACAACACGACAGAAGUAAAGUACCUCGUAAAGUUCCAUUUUUAAGUUUGUACCGGUAUGCCACAGGACUAGACUGGUUUCUCCUCGUCUUCGGUGCCCUAGGUGCUCUAGCGCAAGGAUCAGGAUGGCCCGUCCUCUAUCUGUUCCUAGGAAUCAUGCUGGACGAUUUCAUUACGUUCAACACUGCCAAUGUAACGCAAGUGGACGUUGAUAAUGUAACCAUGCACACCACAAGAACGUUGUUACAAUUUGUUCCCAGUAUUAAUAAUAAUGAAGAGGUGAUUGUAGUGUCGGAUCAGUUUGAGCUGGGCGUCGAGGAGAGUUGUAUACGCUUCGCUCUGGUUGGUCUGUCUGUCAUGAUCUCGUCGUAUAUCCAGACCGCAUCGUUUGGACUGACGGGGGAGCGGCAGACCAACCGUCUCAGGAAAGCAUUCUUUCAUUCUAUCCUGCAUCAGGAAAUCAGCUGGUUUGAUUUUCAUCAGACAGGAGAGAUCACCUCAAAGCUUUCAGAUGAUAUAGAGAAAGUGAAAUCAGGAUACGGGGAGAACGUAGGAAUAUUUCUUCAAUUCUUAGGACAAAUCAUUGCAGGUUUCAUACUCGCCUUUACUACUAGUUGGGAGCUUACAUUAGUUAUCAUGGCCGUCCUUCCCGUCUUGGUUAUAUCCAGUGGAUUUAUGGCGCACGUGAUAUCAGUAAUGACCAAACAAGAAAUGAAAGCAUACUCACAAGCCGGUGGUGUAGCAGAGGAGGUGCUCUCAUGUAUACGUACAGUGACGGCAUUCGGGGGCCAGAAGAAGGAGCUAGAAAGAUACGAGAAAGAGCUGUUGACAGCUAAGGCAGCGGGAAUCAAGAAGGGUAUAACAAGUGGAUUAGGCAUCGGGAUGAGCUACCUCUUCUAUUCCUGUACUUACGCUCUGUCAUUAUGGUACGGGCCAAAGAUGGUGAGUGAAGGUCGGAUCACCGGCGGUGACGUUGUUACAGUAUUCUUUUGUAUCUGGUCUGGAUCAGCCUCGAUAGGCAACUUAACGCCAUCGAUCCAUGCAAUAGCAUCGGCUAGAGGAUCGGCCGUCGCCAUCUAUGAUGUAAUCGACAGUGAACCAGAAAUAGACAAGAGGAAAGACAAGGGGGUGAAGCCCAAGUCUGUUGAAGGUCACAUCGAGUUUCGUCAUGUGAGGUUCAGCUAUCCAAUCAGGCAAGAUGUACCUGUUCUCCGUGACCUUUCCAUGAAGGUCAACAGUGGUCAGAGGGUGGCCUUAGUCGGGUCCAGUGGCUGCGGGAAGUCGACUAUAGUCAAGCUGCUGCUGCGCUUCUACAGCCACACAUCGGGCGAGAUCUGUAUAGACGGCAAUGACAUCCGUGACCUGAAUGUGACCUGGCUAAGAGAGAACAUCGGUGUGGUCAGUCAGGAGCCCACUCUCUUCAACUGUAGUAUAAAGCAGAACAUCGAGUAUGGUCAUGAAGGAGUCAGUGAUGCAGAGAUAGUGGAAGCAGCCAAGAAAGCAAACGCUCAUCAGUUUAUCUCGUCGCUACCUAAGGGCUAUGACACUGUUGUUGGAGAACGUGGAGCCCAGCUCUCUGGUGGUCAGAAGCAGAGAGUAGCCAUCGCCAGAGCUCUGGUCAGAAACCCAAGGAUUCUUCUCCUUGAUGAAGCUACCUCAGCCCUGGACAGUGAGAGUGAAAAGCUCGUCCAGGAGGCUCUUGACAAGGCCCAGGAGGGAAGAACAACCCUUGUGAUUGCCCAUCGUCUGUCAACGGUUCAGAAUGCAGACCUCAUCAUUGUCAUCAAGGAAGGCCACGUAGCCGAAUCCGGAAACCACAAGGAGCUUAUGAACAGAGAGAGUAUCUACCGUCAGCUUGUCACACUACAGAUGUUCAAAAAGCAAGAUGACCUCAUUAGUGACGACGAUGCAAUGAGUCUUGGUCGACAAUCCUCUAUCAACGAAUCUGUGCCAUCAUCCCCAUCGUCAGACUCGGUCAAGUACAGCAGUGCUAACGAUGAUCUCAUUGUAUCGCUGAACGGCAAUGGUAAACUCCAUAUGGAAGAAGAAGAGAAAAUCCCAAUCAAAGGCAAGAAAAAGAACAAGAAACGAAAGAAGGAGAAAUCCAAAACAAGCGUGCCUGAGCUGUCUUAUCGUGACAUCUUGAGACUGAAUGCUCCUGAAUGCCACUACAUCAUCAUCGGCUGUAUCUUUGCAGCGUUUCUUGGUGCAGCCCUACCUACCUUGGCUAUUCUACUAACAGAGAUCAUCAGAAUAUUCAGUUUACCCCCGAAGGAGAUUCCAGCCGCAGCGUCCUUCUGGUCCUUGAUGUUCAUUGUGUUGGGUGUGGUGAGAGCUGUCAGUAUCUUCAUCAGUAUGCUGAUGUUCAGCAUCUCUGGAGAACUCCUAACCCUGAGGCUCAGAAAGAAGGCAUUCUGGGCGAUCCUUAGACAAGAUGCUGCUUGGUUUGAUGAACCACACCAUAACACAGGUUCUUUGUCUAACGUUCUUGCUACUGAUGCUUCCAAUGUUCAAGGGGCUACUGGUCUCCGCAUCAGUACCCUCAUCCACGAGUUUGUCACAGUCCUCAUCGCCGUCGUCAUCGCCUUCGUGUAUGGAUGGCAGCUGGCUCUGUUCACAAUGUGCGCCGUUCCUCUCAUGACGCUAUGGGGACGCAUUCAGAUGGCAAUGUUGACAGGCACCCAGAAACAAGACUCCCAUCUACUCCAAGAAGCUUCUAAGAUUGCAAGUGAAGCGAUUGAAAAUAUCACAACAGUAUCAUCCCUUAUGUUGGAAGAAAGGAUAUACCAUUUCUACUGUGAGAAGCUUCGUGAACCGCUCAAGAAAAUCCAGAAGCACAAGUUCUUCUUUGCCUUUGCCGUAUGUUGCUCCCAGGCAUCUGUUUUCUUCCUCUUUGCUGCGGCCUUUAGAUUUGGUGGACAUCUGGUGGCUAUUGGUCAAAUGUCUUCAGAUGCCAUGUUCAAGGUUAUCAUUGUAAUCACCUAUGCAGGCAUUGCAUUAGGUCAGGCAGCUGCGUUCAUGCCAGACUUCAGCAAGGCUAAACUCUCGGCAGCUAAGCUCAUCAACCUGAUAGCUCUCAAACCACCCAUUGACAACUACUCAACAGAGGGACUUAAACCAAAUAAGAUCGAUGGCUACAUCAAGUGCAAUAACAUAACCUUCAGGUAUCCAAACCGUCCAGGAAGUACCAUCUUAGACAAUCUUAACCUGAAUAUCAAACCUGGCCAGACCAUGGCGCUGGUCGGAGAGAGCGGUUGCGGGAAGAGCACCAUGGUAGCGCUCAUGGAGCGCUUCUACGAUCCAAACUUUGGAUGCAUCCAACUUGACGGUAAUGACCUGCGUGACCUGAACAUCAGCUGGCUUCGGUCUAACAUGAGUAUCGUCAGCCAGGAGCCGGUGCUGUUUGCGUGUUCUAUCAGGGAUAACAUCGCCUAUGGUGUGGAGGAGGACCUUCCUCAGGAGGAAGUGGAGAGAGUGGCUAAGAUGGCUAAUAUCCACGAUUUCAUCGUCUCUCUGCCUUUGGGUUAUGACACACUUGUAGGAGAGAAAGGAGCUCAGCUGUCUGGCGGUCAGAAGCAGAGAGUCGCUAUAGCCAGAGCUCUUGCUAGGAAUCCUCGUAUCCUUCUCUUCGAUGAAGCCACGUCAGCACUGGACACAGAAAGCGAACAGAUCGUCCAGACAGCAUUAGACAAUGCCAUGGAAGGACGAACCUCGAUCGUCGUAGCCCAGCGUCUGAACACCAUCCAGAACUCGGACCAAAUCGCUGUCAUCAGGGACGGAAACAUCGUAGAGCAAGGGCGCCACCAAGAGUUGGUUUCGAGAAAGGGCCACUAUUACACACUCACCAUGGGCCAACAUAGCUAAGAGAAACUCAAUCACCUUUGAUGUAACUAUUAUCUGUGUUAAUAUUUACUGUCACCCGACUGCGAAGACAGGAUUUAUGUUUGUAGAAGUAGCCUACAGCUUCAUCCCCCUCCAUGGGAUGCUAUCUGAAUAUUAUUAUCAUCUUCGUCGUCAUCACCAUCAUCAUGGACAUAUUGAUUUAUGUAUGCAGCUAGACUAUUAAGUAAUCUCUCUCUAUCUCGCUCACCUUUUAAAGAGAGCUCAUUGCCUCAACGUGCCUUUAAUGAAGGCUAAGAGAUUAUAUACUGCUUCUGACAAAAAUU